UUUUCAUAUUACUAGUAUAUGCAUAACCAUUGCAAUGUUUUUUGUUAUGAUUAGGGGAGCUGCUUUUAGCGGGACGCAGCUGGUUAAACGGGAUAUGAAAGAUGUGAAAGAAGAAGCGAAUAAAACCAUUUUGAAACCAUUAGGUGAAGUUGCGAAUCAAACUGCUUCUGGUGGUCCUUCGAAUUUACAAGCAAAAAAUGAAUCAAUUUCUCUAAGCGCUAACGUUAGCGUUAGCAGUGAGCCAAGCGGAUCUAUUCGUAUUUCAAUUGCAUCUGCUACAAUCGUUUUCGCUAUAUUAGCAUUCAUAGGAUCUCUUGCAUCUUUUUGAUUGAAUAGAUUCAUUGAUUUUUUCAGUAAUUGCCCUUGAUGGGCU